AUGGGAGGGGGAUUUUCGCAGCUGUUUCCAUGUUUCAACCCGGCGGUGGACGGGCGGGGUGAGCCGGAGGUUCUGUUUACUGCCACCGAACCGCUCGACGAAACCCUAGGUCACUCAUUCUGUUACGUCCGGUCUUCUGCCCGCUUUCUGUCCCCUACUCAUUCCGAUCGCUUCGUUUCGCCUUCGCAGUCCCUCCGGUUCGACGCCGAGCAGGUUCCGAAGCAGUCCAGACCGGCUGGUUUGCCGCCGGAGACCGGUUUUAGAACGAUUUCGGGGGCUUCCGUCAGUGCCAACACUUCCACUCCUCGGACUGUCCUCCAGCUUGACAAUAUUUACGACGAUGCCACUGCCACUGAGAUUAGUAAUACGACGACGUCCUCUGCCGCUGCUGGUGCUGGUGCGGGGAGUAGUAGUCUUCUAGGUUUUAGUGCUGGCGUCAAGGGGAGUGUUGUUAAUGGUUUUGAGAGUACGUCGUCCUUCAGCGCUUUGCCUUUGCAGCCGGUGCCACGAGGCGGAGCCGGAGAAGCUUCGGGUCAGAUGGAGCGGGCAUUUUUCAUGUCCGGUCCGAUCGAGCGCGGGGCACUCUCGGGUCCGUUGGAUAGUACCGGAGGAGGCUCCGAUGGAGGUAACAGAGUUCCAUUCUCGGCGCCCUUGGGGGGUAUGUAUGUGAAAAAGAAGAGGAGGAAGGGCAUUUCGGGGAUUCGGAAGGCAUUUUACAGGAACUUCCCAGAAAAAAAGCGACCGUGGGUGGUGCCCGUGCGAAACUUCGUAGGUGGCCGGAAGGAUGUCUCCGGCGGCGGCUCCGGUGAGCCGGAGAUGCCGUGUGACAGCAAUGUGCAGUGGGCUCUGGGGAAGGCGGGGGAGGAUCGGGUACACGUGGUUGUUUCGGAGGAGCUGGGGUGGUUAUUUGUCGGGAUUUAUGAUGGGUUUAACGGCCCUGAUGCGCCUGAAUUUUUGAUGAGUAAUUUGUACAAAGCUAUGUAUAAAGAGUUAGAGGGUUUGUUUUGGGAUAAUGAAGACACUAGUAGUAGUACUCAAGAAGUUACUUUAACUGCAGAAAAUAUAGCUUCUGUGGAGGAUUCGAACGACCCAUUGAGUUCGAAUCAGUUGGUAGAGGGCAGAGCUGUGGGGAGGGUUACGGAAAUAGAAGAAGGUGAAAGUGAGUCAAAUUUAGACGAGACUACUAGUAGGGCAUCAGUUAAGAGGGUGACUUUCCAAUCAGGGGAGAUCCAGGUUAGGAGGAGGAGAUUAUGGGAAUUUCUGGCAGAAGAGGAUCCGGAAGACGGACUUGAUCUUUCGGGUUCAGAUAGAUUUGCAUUUUCAGUUGAUGAUGCAAUUAGUGUUAGCAACGCUGGAUCAGCAGUCAGUAGAAGAUCACUGUUAUUGUCGAAAUUGAAGCAUGGAUUGUUGAUUAAGCACAAGGAGAGUGGGAGUUUGUUUCCUUGGAGGUUUGGUUUGGCCGGAAAAGAGAAGCAGGAAGUGGAAGUAGAGGAGAAUCGAGUGGCAGAACAGAUUAGUUGUAGAAGUGGGAGAAUGCGGAAGGUGGGACCUGUUGAUCAUGACUUGGUGUUGAGGGCAAUGUCGAGGGCUCUUGAAGUGACUGAGCAUGCAUAUUUGGAUAUGACCGAUAAGGUUCUUGAUCGGUAUCCAGAGCUUGCACUGAUGGGCUCUUGUUUAUUAGUGGCGUUGAUGAGGGAUGAGGAUGUAUAUGUGAUGAAUGUAGGUGACAGUCGUGCAAUUGUGGCACAGUAUGAGCCUGAUGAAGUUAGCUCCAGUGCACAAUUGAAAGUUCCAGGUGGCAGUGGGUCAAAUUCGGAGGGAGGUAUAUUUGAUGAAUCAGCAGAUGCCACUGAAAGAGAGACUGAGGUGGCAAAUGAGGCUUCUUUUCAAGCUAUGAAGUUGACGGCAUUGCAGUUGUCCACUGAUCACAGCACUAGCAUUCAGGAAGAAAUCAUUAGGAUCAAGAAUGAACACCCUGAUGACAACAAUUGCAUUGUCAAUGAUAGAGUUAAAGGUCGUUUAAAAGUUACCCGUGCAUUUGGAGCUGGUUUCCUUAAGCAGCCUAAGUGGAAUGAUCCCUUACUGGAAAUGUUUCGGAAUGACUACAUUGGAACUGCUCCUUAUAUCUCCUGUUCACCUUCUCUUCGGCACCAUAAACUGUGUCCCAGAGAUCAGUUUUUGGUCCUGUCAUCUGAUGGAUUGUAUCAGUACUUGAGCAACCAGGAAGUGGUUUCUUUUGUUGACAAUUUCAUGGAGAAGUUUCCAGAUGGCGACCCUGCUCAGCACCUGAUAGAAGAGCUUUUGUUACGUGCAGCUAAAAAAGCAGGAAUGGAUUUUCAUGAACUACUGGACAUUCCCCAAGGUGAUCGGAGGAAGUACCAUGAUGAUGUCACUGUGAUGGUGAUAUCACUUGAAGGAAGAAUUUGGAAGUCAUCAGGAAAAUACCCUUGAGUUGGCAUAACUGGUAGAAUCUCUAAAUGGUCUUUGUCUCUAGAGCUUCGAUCCUCCGGCUGUGUUGACAGCAGGGAUUAGGGAAGUUUAAGAACCAAUUUUCUUGGUUAUCAAAUUAUAAGCAUAGAGUUCGUGGGGAAUCCUGAGAGCAGGAUCAUCAAUGCUCAAAGCAAUGUGAAAAAAAUGGGUCAGGGAAAGGUAUAGAAAUUUUUGUAGUUGGGACCGCUGGAAAGUGCUUUUAGGCAACAAAGUAACAGGAAAAUUUCUUUUCCUUA